AUGCCGACCUUUCCGGUCCUGCAACGCAUCGGAGCGUGGGGCAGCGAGGACGACACCUUCAACUGUUGGGGUUCGAACUUCGACAUUGUGGUGCCGCCUUGGAGGGAACAGAGAGCCCUGACGCGAUUGACCCGGAUAGUCGACUUCUUUGGUUACAUCCACCAGUGGCUUCACCUCGGCAGAAUCUCACAUCUGUUUACUCAUCUCGAGGUGCUGCGACUCACGAAGGAUGCGGACGGGACUUUCCUCUUCUACCUGCCCUUUGGAGCCGAUACCGUUGUCCUCUUCCCCAGUCCGGAGGGUUUAGAGGCUAACAUGGCCAAUCCAAUCUGCAAGGGGCUCAGUGGCGGAAGAAACCGAGCUGAGGAGCCGAGCAUCCUUGACGCUUUCUGGCCCGAACCUCCACAGCCUUCAGAGCUCUUGGUUUCAAUGCUCCCCGAAGCCGAGCCAGAGAUGGAUCCUUCCCUCGAUGUACCAAGGGGAAUCCCGUUUGGCGUACACCGACUGGUUGUGAACCUCGACGGGCACAUCGGCAAUCCCGCAACGUCCUUCCACUUCCUGUACGACAUCCCAGAGCACGUUGCGGAAAUCGUCUUCGUCCUGCCCCAUCUUACGUCGCUGUCCGGCACAGGAUCAGUGAAGGGGGCAAGCGCUGUGGACCUCGUCGAAGUUAUGCGCUCGUCGACUGCAAAACACACAGUGGUCGGCUGCGAGUGCGUCGGUGAUGCCAACUUUGCAGACGAGGUCCGGGAGGCGCUCACGGCCCUAACCGUUCAUGAACCCCACCUCGAUGUCGACUACUCCAUCGAUGACGAACUGACUUGUGGCAUGAGCCGAUGGCAACGCAAGUCCGUAGCCUCUCGGGCUCACGCCUUAAGCCACGACAUCGUGUUCUGGGCCGAUCAUCUGACCGUGCCGGUUCCCCAGGAAAAGACCUUGAGCCUGAAGCAGAAGGUGGACGACCGACUUUCUCGACUCGAAUUUGUCACGGUGGAGGAGUAUCGGAGGCGUGUCGGCGAGGAGGCAGCCACUCUGCACCUCAUCCAGUAUCCGGGCUUGUAG